AUGCUUGCCGCGGAAGCCGGCCCCGCCCCUGCCGACGCCGACGCCAAAGAAACCCCCGCCGUCGUCGCGUCCGACGAUGAACAAAGUCACGAGACCAACCCCUCCCCCAGUACGCCGCCUCCGGCCGCCGCGGCGGGGGAAAGCGAAGGCGAGGUCCAGCUCUCGCGGCCCAAUAACAAUAACACGAUCCAAUUCUCGGACACGACGACGCCGGCGGACUACGGGGAUGGACUGGACAAGCCGUUUGUGGUGCUGGAGACGAACGGAGAGGGCGAGGGCGGGCAGGACGAGGCGGCGGGCGGAGGUCACGAGGGCGUUUCGCUGCAGAACGGCGGCGGAGAGCCGAUAAUCGUGAUGGAGACUGGCGAGGGCGACUCGCCCUGGACGGCGGAGGGGGACAACCACGAGCUCAAGCGCGUAAAGGUGUACGAGCUCCAGGGCCAGCGCUGGGUCGACCAGGGCACCGCCUUCUGCUUCGGCCACUACGACGAGGCCGCAAACGAGGCCAUGCUCAUCGCACGUGCAGAGUCGGACUACUCCUCCGUCGUCCUCCAGACCACAAUCCGCUCCUCGGACGUCUACCAGCGACAACAAGAAACGCUGAUCGUCUGGACGGAACCGAACGGCGUCGACUAUGCCCUCAGCUUCCAGGACCCGGAAGGUUGCGCCGAAGUCUGGAGUUUCAUCACAGAGGUGCAGAGGAUGCAUUCUCAGUCAGAAGACCAGGGCGGUCCCUCCUCACCUUUCUCAGGCGAACCUACGACAAUCACCACAGCCCAGAUCAUCCGCUCCGGACACCUUCCCCAUCCCACUCUAGGCAUCAUCCCGGAGAUCGACCGCGCCAUCAAGGCACUCGCAAGAACGCCGAGCAUCAAGGAGAAGAUCUGCGAGUACAUCCAACGCGCCGAAUACCUUAAGGCUAUGAUCGACGUGAUGCACCACGCGGAGGAUCUGGAAAGCCUCGAAAAUCUGCAUCCAUUGUGUUCGCUCAUGCAGACCAUACUCAUGAUGAACGACCACAGCAUGUGCGAACAUAUCCUCGAUGACGACAUAUUCAUGGGCGUCAUGGGCAUGCUCGAGUAUGAUCCCGAGUUCCCCAACCACAAGGCCAACUAUCGCCAGUAUAUCCAGGAAUCCACCCUCUUCCACCAGCCUAUCGCGGUGCACGAUCCCGUAAUCCGCAGAAAGAUCCACCAGACGUACCGGUUACAGUUCUUGAAAGACGUCGUCCUGGCUCGGGCGCUAGACGACAGCACUUUCAACGUCCUGAACAGCUGCAUCAUCUUCAACCAGGUCGACAUCAUCUCCCACAUCCAGAAUGACGAGACAUUCCUCCACGACAUCGCCCGCCUCUUUAUCAAGGGCGAACCGAUACCGCCUUUGCCGACACCGCCGCCACCUCCGGAUGACGGUAUGGACGUCGACCGCCCCGAGUCAGUAGAGGGUGCUCCACCAAAGAAGCCCAACGGAGUGCCGUCGCAUACACCACCAGGCGUCGUUUCCCUCGACUACCACGAGGAUGAGGCGGGACGCGCGGAUACUGCAUUAUUGCAACGCCGACGUGAGGUCAUCGUACUCAUACAACAGUUGUGCGUCAUGGGCAAGGGUGUGCAAUUACCGUCACGAAUGCAGCUCUUCAAGAUGCUCGUUGACCGAGGCAUCUUGCACGCAUUACACUGGGCGCUCACGAACCCCGAGGACGAGCCUUCGGGCUUGCAGACCAUUGCUAUCGCGGGCGAAGUUCUCAUGACGCUGCUUGAUCAUGACGUGAACGGCGUGCGAGAACAGGUGCUACGGCAAUGCGAAUACUUUGCCAGCCGGGGGGAACCCGAUCUGAGCUUGCUCUCGCUUCUUUGCAAUCGUCUAGUGCGGAGCACAGAUCUUGCGGUCCAAACGUUGCAUUGCGACGCGCUCCGUGCUCUUCUGGAGAUGCCAAGCGAGGGCAAUCAAGAGGCGAUCAUACCGACGAAGCUUUUCUCACGCAUGCGUGACGAGGGCAAGACAGAGAAGUUCCUCGACUACUUCUACAAGUCGUGUAUCCGCCCACUAGUCGAGCCCAUUAUGCAAAUCCCCGCACAUAAUCAAGCUGCUGGCGCUGCGGUUGAGUUCGUCGCUGCUCUGGGAAGAGAGAAGACGAAUUUGUAUCUGUCGCUGUGCGACUUGCUCAGCGGCUUCGUUGUCCAACACUCAUUUCGAUCCCAUUUCUUCAUGCUCACUUCAUCCGUAUCCGGUCACAUCGCCAGCUUGCUUACUUCAAGAGACAAGCAUCUUCGCCUCGCGGCAUUGCGGUACUUCCGAGCACAUAUGAGGCCGGCCAAGCCGCCGUUCAUGAACCAUUUAGUCAAACUAGACGCCUUCCGACCCGUGCUGGAACUCACACUACGCGAGACCGCACGCGAUACCCUCGUCGGCUCUGCAUGCCUCGACUUCUUCGAGACGAUGCGACGAGAGAAUCCUAGACCAGCCAUCGCACAUAUCAUGGCGCCUGCGCACGCCGAACUCGUGGAGAAACUACAAGCGACGAAGCUCGCGGGUCCUACAUUCCGCUCGCUUGCCCAGCGCCACGAGAUCAACGUUCAUCCGGAGAAGGAGGAAGCGAUACCCGCAUCAUCAUCACCUCCGCGCGGCGCGCUUGAUCUUAGCGAAGACGCUUACUUUCACGCCGAUGACGAUGAUGACGAGGGACCUCAACCGCCCGUGCGCGUCGGUGUCGUACGAAAGCGCGACACGAACGUGCGUGGUGGUGCUGCCGGUGGACGACCGCGCGCACCACGACCGCAGGCUAUCGCGAUCCCACGGACGCCGCCUAUCAGCUCACUCGUGGACUACGGGGAGGAGGAGGACGCGGGUGCAGAAGACUUGGAUGCAAGCGCGGAAGCUGCCCUGGAUGCCAUCGCGGAGGGCUUGGUGCCUGUAGAUGUCGAGAGCUCCGAGGCAGGCGAAGACGAGAUACCGCCGCGGCCCGGGAGCAGAUUGUCGAAGCGUGCGCGCGAGGAGGAUGACGAGGACGAUGCCUUGGAUCGACUUGUCAACAAGUCCGCGUCCCCUACUUCGCCCAGUGCAGGUGCAGGCAGACACUCGCCAUUCCGUCCGGAGAAGCGACGGCGCGAGAACGGAAGCGAGCCUGACAGUACCGACUUCGUUAAGGGGCUCAUUGCGAAGGCGACGAGUGGAGUCAAACUUUUGGGUAAGAGUCUGGAGGGAGAGAGGGAGAAGGAGAGUGCUCCGCCCAAGGCUGGUUCAGGCCCCAGGCGGAUCAAGUUGAAGCUCGGUGCUGGUGCCCAGCGCGCUGCCAGCACAGAAGCGGGCGCGAAAGAUGGCGAUACCGGCUGA